GUAUGUGUGUGUGUGUGUGUGUGUGUGUGUGUGUGUGUUUUCUUUCUGCCAUAUAUAGGGGCAAACUUGCUUGCAGACAGGGUUGUCUGUUUAAUAGUCAGUGUAGUCUUCAAAUCUCUCUUUUCUUUCAAUCUCUCGUGUAUGUGAAGUCCUAAAGACCCUCAGGACUAUAUAGAGCUCUACGUUCUUGGCCUACUUUUGGAAGCUCAUUUGACCGAUCAUUUACCCCUGUUACUUUUGAAGCUCUGCCGAGUUGCUGACAAGCAUGGAAGAAGCGAAUCAUUUCCAUGAUGAUGGCUCCUUCAUGUUCACUUCUGAGUCUGUGGGAGAAGGGCAUCCAGAUAAAAUUUGUGACCAAAUCAGUGAUGCGGUCCUUGAUGCCCACCUGAAGCAGGAUCCAGAUGCUAAGGUGGCCUGUGAGACCGUUUGUAAGACUGGCAUGGUGCUUCUGUGCGGUGAAAUUACAUCUCGAGCCAACGUGGACUACCAGAAGGUUGUACGUGACACUAUUAAUCACAUUGGUUACGACAACUCCGAAAAAGGGUUUGACUACAAAACCUGCAAUGUGCUGGUGGCUCUGGAGCAGCAGUCUCCUGAUAUAGCACAGGGUGUCCACAUAGACAGACAUGAGGAGGACAUUGGAGCUGGAGACCAGGGACUCAUGUUUGGUUACGCAACUGAUGAAACAGAGGAGUGUAUGCCACUCACCAUUGUCCUCGCCCACAAACUCAAUGCCAAAAUGGCAGAGCUGCGGAGGGACGGCACGGUUCCAUGGCUCCGCCCAGACUCUAAAACCCAGGUUACUGUGCAUUACAAGCAGGAGAAUGGGGCUGUGAUUCCUUUACGUGUUCACACGGUGGUCAUCUCUGUUCAACACGAUGACUACAUUUCAUUGGAGGAGCAGCAACGUAUUUUGAAGGAGAAGGUCAUCAGGUCUGUGGUGCCAGCCAAAUAUCUCGACGAGGAGACCAUCUACCAUCUGCAGCCAAGUGGUCGCUUUGUCAUUGGAGGACCCCAGGGAGAUGCUGGUGUAACAGGUAGGAAAAUCAUUGUAGACACAUACGGUGGAUGGGGAGCUCAUGGUGGUGGAGCUUUCUCUGGUAAGGACUACACCAAAGUGGAUCGCUCUGCUGCCUAUGCUGCACGCUGGGUGGCUAAAUCACUGGUGAAGGCCAAGCUGUGCAGAAGAGUUUUGGUGCAGGUGUCUUACGCCAUUGGAGUUGCUCACCCUCUUUCAAUCUCCCUCUUCACUUAUGGCUCAUCGGUUAAAACAGAAAAAGAGUUGCUACAGAUUGUCAACAAGAACUUUGACCUCCGACCAGGCGUCAUUGUUAGGGACCUUAACCUGAAGAGGCCGAUUUACCAGAGUACAGCCUGCUAUGGUCAUUUUGGGCGAUCAGAUUUUCCCUGGGAGAUGGCUAAGAAUCUCAAAUUUUAAAGUGACAGCUUCAUCCCCAAGUCAUUUCUUUGCCUCUGCCUCUAAAACUUUGUUUAAUAAUAAGUUCUGUCUUUUUCUUUUAACGCUCCUUGUUUUUUUGUUGCUGCUCCUCUCCUGUAUGCUACAUUAUCGAUUAGACCAGUGGUUAUCAAACUAGGGGUCCCCAGAUUUAUGACAUUUAAAAAAACACUAAUACAUCAUAAAUUCUGUGCAAUUAAACAUCAGAAGAAUAAGACUACUAACCUACAACACUACAUUGUAUCAUUUGUUUUGUUUUGUUUAAUUCAAAUUCUAAGUUUGAGAUUGUUUUAUGUAAUGAAAGGAAAAGUUUGAGAACCACUGGACUAAGAUAAUGUGAAUGCAAAACUGAGAUGUCUGUCAAGUCUGUAAGGGAUGCCUUAUAAUUUUGUCUAUUUUGUUGAAUAGCUAAAAGAGCUGAUGGGCAUCAACACCCAUUUCGUUUCUCAGAUUAAAGGUGCUAUAAGCGAAUUCACGCGUUUUAGGCCAUAACACACUUUUUGUAUCAUACAGUAAACAUCUCCUCACUAUCUGCUAGCUGCCUGUCCUCUGAACACACUGUAAAAAAACGCGAUCUCUGUAGACAGCGCAGGCUCCACAAACUGUAACAAAAACAAAGUGGUCAAACCUACCACCACGAAACAUUACAAACGUGUUCCAGGCAAUAAACGACAAGAAGGAUUUGGGAGUGGGGGUUGGGCGCGUUCAUGACUCUUUUAGAAAGCACGGAAGGGAGGGGGAGGGGAGGAGUUAGCUACGCUCAGUUUUGUUUGACAACACUUCGAACGUCAACAAGAAGUGACGUCACACAGACUGCCUUAAAUAUUCAGAGACGUUAUACAUAAGAUAUUUGUAGGUUUAUUUCCCCGGAAACUGUGAACAUUGUGGCUCUGUGCUGCUAUUGAAACAUUGCUUUGUUUAAACAUAAAAAUCAAGUUCUAGCUUUUAUUGCAUUUUCUUUCCUUUUAAUCAAAACUGACGGCUUUUAUCUGUUGGUUUUUCUUGUAGCCAUGUACAGAUAAUUUAGCAGAUUUUGUAGAGACACAGGCAUAUUAUAUUGUGGACCAUUGCAAGCUUUAGGUUUACACACGUUGUGCUUUAAAGAAGCAUAUUCCUUGCAUCGUGUACUUAAGUCUUAAAGGGUCUAAUGUGAGUGCCUUUUCAUUCAUCAAAAGUACAUUCGCUUUUUCUUCAUCUCAUCAAUCUUGGAUCUUAACAUGAGAAUAAAUAAUGUCUUUUGUUUACAUGUACAGAUCAUCAGUGCUGGUCUUACACAGUAUUUCCCCAUUGGAGAGUGAGCAUGUAUGUGUGUGUAUGUACUUAAUAACUAAGCAAACCCAGUUAUGUUGCAUACUUGAUAUAGUAUGUGUGUGUAGAAGCAUCUAUGUGAUCUCAUUUUAGAUUUUUUUUCUUUUUAGGGGCAUUAAUUCUUAAAAAACAAACAUUAUUCUUACUUUUUCAGAUUUUCAACUGUUCGUAGAAUUUUAAGAUUUAACAUGUAAAUAAUUGUGAAUAAUUAAAGUCUGGAAAAUUCA